AUGAACAGGGACGGCUCCAGCAGCGACGACAGCAGCGGCAGCGGCAGCAACAUGGACAUGCCCAACAGCAGGCGCCCCCAACAGCAACGACGGCGGUUGCGGGAGCGGCUACUAAAACACCAACACCACCAGGUCAAGGUCAUCAUGGACCUGUGUCUCCCCGGCGCAUCCUCUCCCACCGCAUCCUCCUCCCGCUGCUCCCUCUCCAAUUCCAACUCGUCCUACUCCCACUCCUUCUCCAACCACCACCAGCACGCGUACCCCGGAGCUGCAUCUGCUAUAUCUGCCUCUCCUGCCUUUUACAACUCCAACCCCAACACCACCACCACCACCAACCCCAACAACAACGACGACGACGAUAACAACAACAACGCCUGCAUCGCCCUCGCUGCUCCAAGCAUUGCCCACUCUGCGAGCACUCGUCUGUCCACCAUGGAGCCCGGCGAUCCCUCCGAUCUCGCCGCCCAGGAAGCUGCGGCGAGGGACUAUCAACCGCAACUGGAGGGUCCAUUAGUGGGCGACAAGACCACGAGCGACGCCAUCACCGACGAAUACGCCAAGGCCGACGACAUUUAUGUCGCGAAGACAAUUACCUACUCGCACUACCGGCCCAUCCAAGGGGAUGGCAAUUGCGGCUGGCGAGCAAUUGGCUUUUCUUACUUUGAGCACCUCGUGAAUAAUGGCGAUCAGCACGAGAUACUUGGCGAGGCCGCCCGCAUCCAGAGCCUUGAUCAGUACCUCCUUCGCGUAGGCGGUUACGACAAGAUGCUAUUCGAAGACAUGGUGGAAGAGACGAUCGCUCUCCUGAAAGAGCUAGCUCAGAACGUCACCAAUCCUCAAUUGGCCAUGCACAUCUUGGUCCAGCGCUUCAACGACCAGGACGUCUCCAAUGCCAUCAUAUAUCACCUUCGGCUAUUGGCGAGCUCAUGGCUGAAGGGAAACCCCGAGUCAUACGAGCCCUUCAUCCCCGCCGAAACGGGUAUUGCCGGCUACUGCGCCGAGCUCGAGCGUCCCAACAGGGAGAUUGAGCAUCUCGGCAUCACGCUUCUUGCACAGGUGCUGCUAAAGCCCGUCAACUUCGUGCUAGAAAUAGCAUAUCUCGAUCGGAGCCCAGGCAGCCAAGUCAACAUUUACCGCUUCCCCGACGAGGCCAACGGCCAGGAUCCCGCCAACCUAGGCUCCAUCAUUUACCUGCUUUACCGACCUGACCACUACGACAUCCUUUACAAGUCGCCCCCGAACCCUGCGCCUCUGAGCCUGCAGGUCAACCGCGCCACUUCAUUUUCUCACCGGCACGACAUUGGGAGCGUGGCGACGUCGCUCCAUAGCUAUGCCAAUAUUAAUUAUGGUCCACUGGCCAUGCUGCCUGGCUUUGGCGGCCCGGCUUCCGGUUUGUCCUCGGGCUUGUCCUCAUGUUUGUCCUCACUAGGUUCUCCCACCUCAACCUCACCUUUGCCGGAUGCCUUCGAUCCGCCGUCGCAAUCUCCUUGGCUCGCGGCGCCGUAUUCCGAGCACAUGCAGCAGCAACAGCAGCAACCUGUGUCAGCUCCCCGCCCUCGGCCUCAGACAGCAUCUCAGCCCCAGCCACCAGUCCCUGCCCCCGUGAAGCCUACACAGCCUGUCGACUAUCAACUAAGGUUUAGUCACCAGUGCUGGCAUCUUAACAACGCCAGCUCUACGCAACCUUCGAUUCGCUCGGCCCCGUCCGGUUUCCAGGAACCUAGCUUUACGACGGCCAUGUUUAAGAAUAGCCAUUUCAACAAGGCGCAUUACAACAACCCUCAUUUCCACCCCGAAGAAUGGACACCAGACGAUGACGGGCAUCAUGAGAGGGUUCCGAACGCCAAAAAGAAGAGCAAAGUCAGGUCGGACCAUUAG